UAUCCCUAACCCACUGGAAACAAAGCAUUUUAUGAUGGGACGGGCUUGACACAGAGCAGCCUGAGUCCUUGUUGUCUCCCGACAAUAAAAGGUCGCACCGAGCUCCAGUGUCCUCUGUUCAUGACACAGAGCGCCAGAGCCAGCAGCAGUCGGUGCUCGAUUGGUUUGGUCUGGAGGAACGAUGGCAGAACUAGAGGAUAAUGUUGCAAUUCCUGAGUUCAGCAACCUAGUCCAAAUGGAUCCCUAUCUAAAACCGUUCGAGAAGGACUUCAAGAGGAGGUAUGAGCAGCUUCAGAAGCAGCUUUCCAAGCUGGAGGAGACAGAAGGAGGCUAUGACCAGUUCACACAAAGCUACAAGACCUUCGGUGUGCAGCGGCAGCCGGACAACAGCCUGCAUUUUAGGGAGUGGGCUCCGGCUGCAGAGGCCCUUUUCCUAACCGGGGACUUCAAUGCCUGGGAGAAAUUCACCCACCCCUACACCAAGCAAGAAUUUGGCAAGUGGGAACUGAUUCUACCUCCGAAGCAUGACAACUCUCCAGCUGUGGAUCACAACUCCAAACUGAAGGUGGUGGUUCACACUGAGGAAGAUGAACGUCUGUACCGCAUCUCGCCCUGGGCUAAAUAUGUGACCAGAGAUGAGAAAACUGUCAUCUACGACUGGGUUCACUGGGAUCCACCUAAUCCCUACACUCAAAUCCACCCUCGGCCAAAGAAGCCCAAGGGCCUGAGAAUCUAUGAGGCUCACGUGGGCAUCGCUUCACCCGAGGGAAAGGUUGCCACGUACACCAACUUCACAACCAACGUGCUGCCUCAUAUAAGAGACGCCGGUUACAACUGUAUUCAGAUGAUGGCUAUCAUGGAGCACGCCUACUAUGCAAGCUUUGGCUAUCAGAUCACAAGUUUCUUUGCUGCUUCCAGUCGCUACGGCACCCCGGAGGAGCUAAAGCAGAUGAUAGAUGUGGCCCACUCGAUGGGCAUCGUGGUGCUGCUGGAUGUCGUUCACAGCCACGCCUCACAGAACACGGAGGACGGCCUGAACCGCUUUGACGGCUCCGACUCGUGUUUCUUCCACUCUCCACCCAGGGGGGAGCACAAGCUGUGGGACAGCCGCCUCUUCAACUACUCAAGCUGGGAAGUGCUGCGGUUCCUUCUGUCAAACCUGCGAUGGUGGAUGGAUGAGUACGGCUUUGACGGCUUCAGAUUUGAUGGUGUUACUUCUAUGCUGUACCAUCACCAUGGCAUGGGCGCAGGCUUCUCAGGGGACUAUAGCGAGUACUUUGGCCUACAGGUGGAUGAAGACGCUUUGGUCUACCUGAUGCUUGCCAAUCACAUACUUCAUACCCUGUAUCCCGACUGCAUCACUGUUGCAGAGGAUGUGUCGGGAAUGCCUGCUCUCUGCAGGGGAGUGGAGGAGGGAGGACUUGGCUUUGAUUACCGACUGGCUAUGGCCAUUCCUGACAAGUGGAUUCAGAUCCUGAAGGAGUGUAAGGAUGAGGACUGGGAUAUUGGCAAUAUCGUCCACACACUGACCAACAGGCGCUAUGGAGAGAAAUGCAUAGCCUACGCAGAAAGUCAUGAUCAGGCUCUGGUUGGGGAUAAGACUCUGGCCUUCUGGUUGAUGGACAAGGAGAUGUACACCAACAUGAGCUCCCUGACUCCCAUGACACCCAUCAUCGACCGCGGCAUACAGCUGCACAAAAUGAUCCGCCUCCUCACUCAUGGUCUGGGAGGAGAAGGCUACCUCAACUUCAUAGGGAAUGAGUUCGGCCAUCCUGAGUGGCUGGAUUUCCCAAGAGAGGGGAACGAUCAGAGUUACCACUAUGCCCGACGGCAGUUUAACCUAUUGGAUAUGGGUAACCUGCGCUACCAUCAGCUUUUCGUCUUUGACCGAGACAUGAACCUAACUGAAGACAAGUACGGCUGGCUGGCUGCCCCCCCGGCCUUUGUCAGCGCCAAGCAUGAAGAGGACAAGGUCAUUGUGUUUGAGCGGGGACGUGUGCUCUUUAUCUUCAACUUCAACCCCAGUAAGAGCUUCCAGGACUACAGGGUGGCUGUAGAAACUCCAGGAACAUACAAAAUCAAGCUGGAUUCGGAUGAUCAUCUGUAUGGAGGUCACGGACGGCUGGACCACAACACAGAGUUCUUCACAGAGGCCCACGGAUUCAAUGGACGCCAAAACUCCAUAAAGGUCUACAUCCCCUGCAGAACAGCUAUUGUCCUGGCCAACGAGGAGAUAGAUUACUGUUAUUAGAGGAUGAUUGUCUCCGCAGAGACCAGGAUGGAGAAUGGAUUCCAACCUCAAACUGAGUGUUAACAAUCACCUUCAUUUUAAAGUGUCAACCUUGCACGCCACCCAAACCCACUUUUUGUGUCCAACCCUUUUUUUCCAAAUUUAAAAAAAAGCUUGGUGUGCUUUCAAACACCAUCUGCAACCUUAGAAGCAGUGUAACCCCAUUUACUACAGAUUGGUCCAUUUGGGUAGCGGCCAACCUAACCAGCAGCUAGAUGCUAAAACUUAAAACCCUGCCGAGUCCAUCCACCACAAGCCAGCAGCCAUUUAUAGGCUCUGCUAAAUUUGGCGUGUCAUCUGAAACACAUGACUGGCGAGUGUGGCAGUGGGAAGCAAUACAGCAAGCAUUCAAGCAUUUCAAAAGCUCAGAGAAAAAGGAAUAUUUUAGAAUAUUCUGUAUGUAGAAAUGUAUUUAAUUUGGUUCCAUCAUUUUAUAUUUUAAUAAAGAUGAUAUUAUUGUGUCAAAGACACAAAGAGAUUUAAAGUAUUACCAGCACUUGAAAAUCAGAAAGUCUCAUAUAAUUGGUGAUCCAUCUUUGUUAAUUUGCAUUUUGGGACCUUGUACGUAUUAAAAUAUUGCAAUUUGCACAAAGUAAUGAGCUGCUUUGAAUAAUCAUACUUUGAAUGUGUAUCCAAACCAGUUGUGUUGUAAUGUUUGAAUUCAGCUACUGGGAGCAUUUAUGUGGUUAUUUACGGCCCUGUUAUGAAGCCAGUAAUUUGCAGCUAAAACAAAGUGAUAUCACAGUGUGUUUCAUAAUGUACUAGUUACAUGUUUAACUGAAUUACACAGUUUCUUGUCCACCUAACAAAAGGGUUAUGAAUGGUGUUCUCCUACUGUUUAUCCAUUAAAGUAGUUUACGUCAUGUGUUUUACAGUUGGAAGAGUUAUACUCAAAUAAUACUGUGACUGCUGAAAUCAACACAUUUCAUUAAAAUGGCCGUCCACAUGAGAUUUCA